CGCAGUUUCGCCGCCUCGCCACAGGAUAGCGGGGCUCUCUGGGCUGCUGGAAGCUGCGGCUCCGUUCAAUACAUGAUUUCAAUCUAUUAAACCCGACUGGUAGCCGCUGAAGAGCGCAGAACCGGCCGAGUAAAGGGGCUUUUAGGCUUUAUGCUACAUAGUUAGCUUCCGAAGUAGCACAGCCAUGGGCGUAGAAGUCGAGACCAUAUCUCCCGGUGAUGGGCGAACAUUUCCAAAGAAAGGCCAAACAUGUGUUGUUCAUUACAUAGGUAUGCUGCAGAAUGGGAAAAAGUUUGACUCGUCCCGAGACAGGAACAAACCUUUUAAGUUCAAGAUUGGACGGAUGGAGGUUAUAAAAGGUUGGGAAGAAGGCGUAGCACAGAUGAGCCUCGGCCAGAGGGCGAAACUCACCUGCACACCAGACAUGGCUUAUGGAGCGACAGGCCACCCUGGAGUCAUCCCCCCAAAUGCCACGCUCGUCUUUGACGUGGAGCUGCUUAAGCUGGAGUGACGGCUGGUUUUACAACACAAAGGUUGACAGGCGGGCUGCAUUCGCCAUGACCUGUUUUACAGGAGACCAUACCUGCUCGCUGCCCGCCACAACCUCCUGCCUGCUCCUCCUCCUUUGUUUUAAAUUUCUACAUCUUCUUCAUUUCAGUAUUUAAAUGUAACUUCUGCUGCUUUAUUGGCAUCUUGUCUCUAUGGGUUCUUCUCUAAGAUAUCCACGUCCUGUAAUACUUAAACUCACAUAUAUAAAUUCUGUUUGUUAAAAAAUGCUCUUUUUUUAUGUUCAUCUAAUGUUAGUUCUUUUAGAGCGAUCCAUAGGAGGAUAAAGAUCCACAAACUAUUGCAAUCUAAACUGCCUUACGGUUCAAACAACAGAGGACGGGUACACAAGUUUAAGAUCAGAACUUUUUGCUCUGUAUACAAUCUGGGCAUUAUAUACCACUGUCUACAUCGACACUUGGAUGAAAGCUUGUCCUGCUGAAUUCUCUGAAUGAUUUUGCUGUCCACUUUGUUUUAUAACCUAUCUGCACAUCUAAUGCAAGUGUACCCUAUCAGAUGCAACCCAGUACUGUACAGUGUGUUGAAGAGCCAUUACUACUGCAACAGUUCACUGACCAAGUCCUGAAUAAAAUUGGCAUGUACUGUAUUGA